UUCUCCCUUAUCAAUUCUCAUUAGAUGAUCUCUCUCCCCUUCAAUGGGGAAUAACGACCAUGACUGCAGUCCUUUCUUAUUUUCCUCUCCACCUUAUGCUCCAUUGUCCUCUCCUUCUUAUUCACUGUCAUCGUCUCCUCCAUUAUCUCCAAGUCCAGAUUCACCUUUUGAAUCUUCCUCAAGUCUUCCCCUACAUACUACCCAAUCUUCUUCAAGUUCUUUCCAUCCUUCUGCUGCUAAUCUUGGGCCAUGCGCUGCCUGCAUAGUCCAUGGUCAGAUAUGCACUGACAAGUGUUAUGUAGCUUCCUACAUACCACCCACUGAUUCACACAAAUUGACCGUCGUUAAUGGAAUAUUUGGAACUCCCAAUAUCGUCAGCUUCUUGCAGAAUAACAAUUCAUCGUCAUAUGUUCCACUGUUAUUAUUGUUGAGAGACACAACUACUCAAGAUGGAGAACUGAAGCAGACAAGUACUCAAGAGCAUCUGAAAGUCUUAUCUGCUGCUUCUAAUGGUGACCGAGCUUUUUAUAAUUGGAGAAAACAUGGGCAAAAGCAAGUAAAAGGAAGUGUGUAUCCGCUUAGCUACUACAGGUGCACACAUCCAAAUUGUUUAGUGAAAAAGAAGGUUGUAAGAUCAUUGGAUGGGUAUAUUGCAGAAAUUGUCUACGGGGGUGAACACAACCAUCCAAUGUUAGGAGUUCUUGGUCCAGUCAAUUUCUGUUAAAAUAAAGUCCUAUUCUUCAGGAAGUCCUAUUCUUUUGGGACUGUUAGGAUUUAUCUGCUGUUAUUUUUCUUUUCAACAAUUUUACGUUAUUUGUGUUUAUCUAUCUUUUGUAAGGCUAUAUAUUGCCAUGUCUAAUUUCAAUAAGAUUAUCACUUUGAAAUCCAA